AAUUUGAAUCGUUUAUGAUGACGUAGAUAGCAGUUCUAAGCCGCAUGUCAGGGCUUAGAGAGAAGAAGCAGCCAAUUUUAAGGCGGCCCUGAUCUCAAACUUCGCACACAGCGUCGAAGCUAUGACGACCUACUGUCUGCUCCUCCCAGCUGUAGCCUUUCUCCUGGCCAACCCCACGGAAGCUGGCGAGUGUUCAGCAGCUUUAGGAAUGGAAGAAGGACGGAUUCCAGACACUGCAAUAUCAGCGAGCUCAUCGUACGAAACAAAGUCCGUCGGCCCGCAGAACGCAAGAAUUCGACAAGAGCUUAACGGAGGCGCGUGGUGUCCUAAAGCGCAGAUCAGUAGCGAAGUUAGAGAGUAUCUCGAAGUGGAUUUGACGAAAAACCAUUUGAUAACAAAGACUGAAACGCAAGGGAGAUUCGGAAACGGGCAGGGCCAGGAGUACGCCGAAUCCUUUCUCGUCGAAUAUUGGAGGGAGUCUCUCAACCAAUGGGUCGUUUACAAAAACACACGGGGCCAAAAGGUUUUGGCGGGGAAUACAAACACCUACUUGGUCGUGAGACAAGACCUAGACUUGCCUUUUAUCGCCAGCAAGGUGAGGUUCAUCCCGUACAGCGAGCAUCCCCGCACCGUCUGCAUGAGGGUGGAGAUCUAUGGCUGCCCCUGGGAACAGAGCGUUGUCGGUUAUUCUGCACCUAGGGGAGAUUCCGAGCUCGAGGACCUAAGCUAUGACGGCUUCCUGGACAACGGGAUUAUGCAUGGAGGCCUGGGCCAAUUGACCGAUAGUCUCUACGGUUCGGACGAUUUCCUUCAAGAGACAAGGGACCACUCGACAGGGAGCAGAUGGGUUGGAUGGAUGAACGAAUCUCAGCAGAGCGACAGUCUGGAGUUAUUGUUUCAGUUCGACAACGUAAGAAAAUUUUCUGCCAUGAACUUGUACACGAGUCAUAUCGUUACGAGGGAGGUUCAAGUGUUUUCGUCAGCUGUGGUUUCGUUCAGCAUUGACGGAGAGCGGUACCAACCGAACCCCGUCAAGUUCCUUCCCAGGAUAGAAAAACCGAAAGAGACGGCUUUCAACGUCACCAUACCACUUCACGGUAGGGUGGCAAAGUAUGUCAAAGUCCAACUCCACUUCUCAGCAAGGUGGAUCCUUCUCAGCGAGGUCACGUUCGACUCCGUUCUCCUUAGUGGCAACCUCACAGAAGAAGAGUCACUAGAUCAAUUCUACUUGCAGCCGGAGGAGAAUGAAGUCGAAAAACGUACUAGCAUGGGAGGUGAAACGACUCACGCCAGAAAGGAAGUUACCCCAGCCACAAGUCCGUCAGGACGGACGCAGGCGUACAUAGGACUGAUAACCGGAGUACUCGCGAUGGUGGUGCUUCUUCUAGGCUGCACGGUACUUCUCAUGAUUCGCAGAGGAAGGAAAAAAGUGGCUUUACUCCAUAAGCACACAUCUCUCGGCACGAAGCCCGGCGUGACUAUAAAUAUGAAAGAACUCAAGAUGACCACGCCGAUUAUAAAUAACGGUGUCACCAGGACAAGGAGCAAACCAAGCGGCAAAGGGCUUUACGGCCAUAUGCCCGGCGAAGAAAGUGAAGAUAGCGAAAAUUCAUCCGUCUAUCAUGAACCUUACAAACUCUUGCCCUCUACCAAACAGGAAUACGGUUGUUUGAUCAAGAAGGACACGAUCCCGUCAAGCAAAAGCGCAGAUUACAACACAGGAUUAUGCCGCUCUCUUGACUUCACAAGCGUUAACAGUUUCCAAGAGGAGGUCAAAUUCUCAUCACCGUCUUUGUACAACUUGACACCUCCUCCUCCGCCAUCUUCAAGGCCUCCCCCUUACGAGAUGUCAACGAAUUUCAACAGCACGGCCACCCUGAACAAAGCUAAUGCUCAGCCUGUGGAAAAUUACUACGCAGCAACAGAUAUAAUCAAGACCGAACGGCGAGAACAGCAUUUAACGCCAGGAAAAUUUACACCGUUAAAAUUACCAGAAGGAAGCCCCGAAGACAGCUCUCCCCUUCUCGAAUUUUCAAGGCACCGCCUUCGAGUCAUUGAAAAAAUGGGCGAAGGAUCUUUUGGAAUGAUUCACUUGUGUGAAACCGAAGGAGUGCCUGAAUACAACGGCAUAACGUCAUAUCAUAAGAAACAAGUCGUUGUUAAAUCAGUUUGGAGGGGGUGUACAGAAUCGACCAAAAAAGAGUUUUUGCAUGAGAGUGCGUGGAUGGGCACGCUCCGGGACCCGAACGUGGCCAGAGUGGUGGGUGUGUGCAGUCAAGAAGAACCCUUCUGCAUCCUACAGGAGUAUUGUGAAUUCGGCGACCUGCCGACUUUUCUCCAGCUCCAGUCCACGAGCCCAGACGAAGAAAAUCCCGCGCUCAGUUACGGCUGUCUGAUUUACAUGGCGACUCAGGUGGCUUCUGGAAUGAAGUACUUAGAAUCGCUGGACCUUGCUCACAGAGAUUUGGCGGCCAGAAACUGCCUCGUGGGAAAAAGCUACCACAUUAAAGUGUCAGAUCACGCCAUGUACUGCACAAAGUACGAAACGGAUUAUUACAUCAGCGACACGAAAGCCAAACUACCGAUACGGUGGAUGGCCUGGGAGAGUUUACUCUUGGGUAAGGCAACGACAAAGAGCGAUGUCUGGUCGUUUGGCGUCACAUUGUGGGAGAUGUUGGUCGUUUGCGGUCAAAAGCCAUUCGGCGAGCUGACCAGCGAGCAAGUAGUUGAAAAUUGCAACCACUGGUAUCAGGGCAACGGGCAGGCGAGGCUGCUCUCCAGGCCUAAUACGUGCCCGAGAGAGAUUUACGAUUUGAUGACAGAAUGCUGGAAGAGGAACGAAGCGGACAGGCCUCGGUUCUCCGAGAUACAUCUCUUUCUGCAGAGGAAGAACCUCGGCUACGUUCCUGUUAUCGCUUAAGCGGAGGAGAAACAGUUUUAAACAGAGGAAUAAAAUAAAUAAAUAACAGUCUUCAUUUUGUA